CCCAGCACCGUCGACCCUCUGCAGUGCGCCGCCUGCGACACUCCGCUGGGCUUUCGCGUCGUCGAGUCUCCUCCGGAAAAGCAACAGUUUCGGUGAGUCUCCGUCUUCCUAACAACCGGCAGGACGUGUGGUGAGGUACAUAUAUAUCACCCCUCGCGUCUGUGGCGUUGGCCUUGCUGGGAUCCCGCAUGCACAUCGCUGCAGCUGGGUAUUAACACCACAACAACCAUACCAUUUAAACAUGCCUGCGCCCGCAAGAGGUACCGCCCGCUGACUCUCAUCCAGCGGCCGCGACCUGUUCAAGCUCUCCAAGAUCGAGCUGCGAUGUCAAGUUGGCCCUGACCACCAGAUUCCAGUAGACCCUCACGUGCAGCAACCCGCUACGCUAGUCCACGACUCGCCCGAGCCAGCAGCCAUGGAAGUCGAAUCCCGGCCCCAUCAUCCACUGCCCGGCCCUCACCACAAGCACUACGAGCAGCACCAUGAUCACCAUCACCACCGCCGGUCAUUCGAGGCCACCAGACAGUCGCUGCCACCUCCACAGACGGCUCGUUCACCACCAGCUCCACUUCCCCUGCAUGGUGUGCCUCAAAAAUCACCCAGCAACCCCCCACUCGCCUCGCCGUCUCAGUAUCAUGCACCGCAACCACCCAAGCAGUCUCCUCGGGAAGAGCAUAGUGUGGUCAGCCGCAUGCCCUCCAGUGCCCCACAGUCGCACCCGCAUUCUCCUAUAGACCAACGAAAUGGCCAAAGCUAUCCUCGAACCGCCCAGGAAGUCCAGCUCGACGCCAUUGAGCGUCUCCAGACUCAAAUUUCACAGAACAGCAGCGCCUUGGUAGCCCAAAGCCGUGACAUGCGGCGUUACGAGGAGACUCUGAAGCACGAAGAAGACAAUCUCCGACGUGAGUUCACCACCCACUUCCAUCAGCAAAAUGUCGAAAUUCGACGGGUCGACGAGGCUGUAGGGAGACUGCAGCACGAGAUGCUUGGGAUCCGCGAAUUACUCGAAGGCCUUGGCCGCGAAGUGCAUGCCAUGCGGGGAGGCGGACUUAGUCUCAGCGGGCAGGACACUGCGCUUGAGCUCAUGGCACAGCAGAUGGCUGUCAUGAAUCACAAGACUAAUGAGGUGGAGACGUUGAAGAUCACCAUUGAGAUCAUGAAGAACAAAAUUCAGCGUCUCGAGGAGGUUGCUGCCGCUGCCGCUGCCGCUGCUCCAGCACAGGUGCCAUCAUCUCAGUAUGCGUCGCCACGGGAGGCUUCUGUACGCCCAGCCCAGCCACCUUAUCGCGCACCGCCAACACAGGUGCCGCAGAUCGAUAUUCCCGUUCCGUCUGGGCAGCGGACGCAGUCGUAUCACUCACAAGGCAGCCAGUCUGUUGUUGCUACUCCUGAUGCCUCGCAGCGACCUGAACCUGCUCAGACACAACCUGGAUGGGUCGCGGUCAACGCUGGCACGAAGCGCACACAUACAAAUGGCACAGACAGCCCCCAAGACUCCAUUGGACCAUCGCUCGGGUCUCCGGGCAAACGCCCUAAGCUAGCUGCCAUCGAACCUCGGGGUGCCUACGCCGGAGCCGCAUAUGCUUAUGAGCAUGCAGACACGGAUGACUCUGAUGCGGCUAGGAUGCAAACCCAUCGGCACACAUUACCUUCUCAAAGCCUUCCCCCCAACUCGGUUCCAUCCACUCUUGCUUCGCAGCACCACUUCAUCCCAUAUGGCACGCAAGAUGGACCUUCCGACGAGAGCUGGCGACCCGAGUCACAGCGCGUCAUGUCAGAGUUGCGCACGCCUCGUGGACGGGGUCGCGGCGGCGGCCCAGGCAGUCGCGGUGGGCGUGUCCGGAAGAGCAUGGGUGUCCAACACACUCACGCUCUGAGCACACCGGACUGGGAACGGGAUGACUGGCAGGGCGUCCCUGAUUCACAAAUCAGUCCCGAUGGAUUCUACAAUGGAACACGCUCAGGUAAAGGCAUCAUCCGUCGCGGGAGCGGUGGCAGCGGACGUGGCGGCCGGCCCGCCUCCAGCGGUCGCUCUGUAAGUUUAGGCCUACAGGGCGUGAGUGCCGGUGCGGAAUUCGGCGUGUCGGUUGAUCCCUAUGCUCACACCAAGAAGACCCGCACCAAGCCGAUCCGUAACGCGGAUGGCGUCUUGAUCCGCAAAGACGGCCGCCCGGACAUGCGCUCGCAGUCUUCGGCUGCGAAUCUGCGCAAGGUGCAUGCGCGCAAAGAAGAGGAAGAGCGCAUGACUGCGGAACAGGGGUACACGCCCACGCCGUCCAAGCUGUCGAAUAGCGUCAGAGGCACGGCGACACCUAGUCCUACGGGCUACGGACCGGCAGGUAGUCAAGGCCCCACUGCGAGCCAGCAGAAGCACCACGAGCUCAUGUCAAAGAUUUUCCCUAGUGGAGUGGAUGAAGUGAGAAAGGACCACGACUACGCGCGCAAGCUCUUCGACGAGGACAGGGACCACACGGCGCAGCCACGGACGGCUCAGCACCAGCACCACCAUCAUCGCCGCGGCUCGGCAUCGCACGUCGCGCGUUCUACGGAGAUCAAGCGCGAGCAUGGCGACGAGCAGCGCGUGUCUGAGAGCCAGAAUGAAGAUGUGGAUAUGGAUCGGCCUGAGGACCAUGCUGAUGAUGAGGGCCAGACGCCUGGUGGACAGAGCGAUGGCUCUGGGCGAGAGAGCCAGUAUCAUGAUGCGGAGGGGCAGGAGGCCCAGCCCCACGAGCAGCAGGGUCACGCUCAAAGACCCAGAGAAGAGGUCGCCCAGGCACCGCAGACUACAGGCGAGAGCUCGCAGACGCUGGGUGCUGCAUCGCAGAGACCGGCGGAGGGCACGGGGUCUACGGCUACACUGGCGUGAUUGAUCUUUGCACCGCUUUGAUUCUCGGUUGGAUUUUUGCUUUGCCUGAUUUAGCGAUUCUGUUCACGGUUACAUGGUUGUCUGUAUUAUCCUCAAUUUGGGGAUUAUUCGGGUGGGGACUUUUGCUUGGAUCCUCAAAAGUUGUACUACGAUAUGGCGUUGCUCUGUUUGGCAGUUGGUCAUUGUACUUUGCGCUGCUAUUGAUGAUAUCCACAUGGGGGCUUACUUGCUUUCGCGGUUGGCGGUUGUUGUACUAUUGGGCAAUGUAUCCACUUAGGGCCUUGGUUGCUUAUGCAGGCGUGCUACGUUAUUGGACCGUGGCGUGGGACGGCAAUAAAGAUACAUAGAUGCGUACCAAAGAAUGAACGAGGC